AUGAAGCGCAAAGCUGAUGAAACUACCGCAGAUGCUGGAGUGCAGGUGGAGCCAACCACAGAGCCCGUUGACAACGCCUCUUCUGAAGUGCAAGUGGACCACCCCACAGAUAGCAAUGACAACAACUCUUCUAGCCCCGAAGAGGCACCAAGGCCCAGGCGUCUACGCUAUGAUACUGUCAAAGUGUUCGUGCCUUCAGACAAAUACGACGCACUCAGAGGGCACUGGUUGGAGAUAUAUGUACCGCUCGUGGAGCGCAUGAAACUGAUGGUACACUUCAACGUAAGAACACGUAAUGUGGUGUUGCGCGUCGGCCCCGAAACACCAAACUUGUAUAGUUUGGUCAGAGGCGCUGACUUCGUCAAGGCAUUCAUUUACGGCUUCAAGAUAAAAGAUGCUCUGGAGCUACUCCAUUUAGAUGAUCUCAUCAUAAGGACCUUUGAGAUACCGCACGUGACGAUGCUGAGCGGCGAGCCACUCCACAGUGUCUUUAGUCUCCUAUCUGACACGGAAAACACCAAACUCAUCGUCGAGAAAAUAACCAAAUCCCGAAUUGUGUUACUUCAUGACAAGAUCCAUAUUCUGGGUUCUCAUAAGAACAUAAAAAGGGCACGUCGCGCCAUUCGAAACCUGAUCUUACCCUAA